UCUGGUGGCAGAAAGACGUACUGCAGAUCUAUAAAGCGACGUUCAUUGUUCAUUUUGGUCUGAAAACUUAAUUCCGUUCAGAUCCACUUUGAGUUUACACUGAACUCCGUUAAACCAGAGUCCAGGCUGGAAGUGCAGAGCACUCCUGUGGGAGGAGGAGCUGGGAUGCGGGGGUGUCCCUGCUCUGGGACUGUGCUGUGAGUGUAUGUGUGGAGAGGAGGGGGGUGAAGAGCCCCUGCACGGUGCGAGCAGAACCGAGCGGACUCCGGUGAGCGCUGCAGCACCGGCUCCUUGUCUCCCGGCCGAACCGAGGCUUUGGAGAGAACUUGGGGCGGCUAAGGUGGAGGUCGGAGCCCCCGAGGGAACCAUGGCCGUGUCGGUGAGGAGCUGGCUCGCCAACGAAGCGGGGAAACACUUUGUCCUGAUGUUGUGGCUGGCAGCAAACACCUGGCUGUUCCUGGACACAUACCUGCUGUACUCCACCGGGCAGCAGUACCACUACCUCUACCAGAUGCUGGGGCUGGGUCUGUGCAUCAGCAGAGCCUCUGCGUCUGUGCUGAACCUGAACUGCAGCCUGGUGCUCCUACCCAUGUGCCGCUCCCUGCUGACCUUCAUACGAGGCUCGCAUACGAUGUCAACAAGAAGGAUGCGCAGACUGCUGGACAAGAGCAAGUCCUUCCAUGUUACAUGCGGGGUCGCCAUCUGCAUCUUCUCGGCGGUGCAUGUAUCAGCACACCUGAUGAAUGUGGUCAACUUCAGCGCCAGCUUCUCCGAAGACUUUCCAGAUCUUAACUUAGCUCGCUACAAAGGAGAGGAUCCAAAGUUAAUCAUUUUUACUACAAUUCCGGGACUUUCGGGCGUGUUGUUGGUCCUCAUCCUUCUGCUGAUGUUCAUAUCUUCAUCCCACUGCAUUCGGGUGUGUAACUAUGAGAUCUUCUGGUACACACACAACCUCUUUAUUAUCUUCUACAUCAUCCUGAUGGUACACAUGGUUGGUGGUGCUCUGAAGUAUCAGACCAACACCGAGGCCCACCCCCCAGGCUGCCUCAGGUCCAGUCAGAGCCUUCAGGAGGCUGACGAUCUGGACCAGAAGCAAAGAUGCAAAGAAGACGCUCACUUCCAGCCACAUUACCCACAGACCUGGCUGUGGGUGUCCGGCCCUCUCUGUCUCUACUGUGUGGAGCGCUUGUUCCGCUACAUCCGAAGCAGUCACCCUGUUACCAUAGUGACAGUUAUCAGACAUCCGUGUGAUGUUGUGGAGUUGCGGAUGCUAAAGAAGAACUUCCGCGCUCGACCCGGACAGUAUAUACUCCUGAACUGUCCAGGUGUGUCUUCCUUUGAGAACCAUCCCUUCACUCUGACAGCGUGUCCCACGGAGAACAAGGAAACUUUUGGCAUUCAUCUGAGAAUCGUGGGAGACUGGACUGAACACUUUGCUCAUCUCUUGCUUCCUCAGCCAAGAGCAGCCUUGGAGAUCCUUCCUGUGGUCCAUCAGAGGAGAUACCCAACGCUUUACGUCGAUGGCCCAUUCGGAAGCCCAUCAGAAGAAGUCUUCAACUAUGACGUCAGCCUUUGCAUUGCUGGAGGGAUAGGUGUGACCCCUUUUGCUUGUGUGCUCGAUGCUCUAAUUGAGAGAUGGAAGAGCUUCAGGUUGCAGAGGCUGUACUUUGUUUGGGUCUGCAGGGAGCUCCAGUCUUUCUACUGGUUUGCAGAGCUGCUGUGUGCUUUACAUGAAAAGCUGUGGAAGGAGAACAGACCUGACUACUUGAAUGUGAAACUCUAUGUCACUCAAAAGGACUGCCAGCAGAGCAUGUCUGAGCUGCGAUACCGCCCCCUAGCUGCAAGGUUGCAGGUUGGGCGACCAAGGUGGAAAUUGCUCUUUGAUGAGAUUGGAAAGUGUAAUAAAGAUAAGCGAGUAGGAGUUUUUUGUUGUGGUCCAAAGAGAAUCUCCAGGACUCUGCAUAGACUGUGCAAUUCAGUAAGAUCUUCAGGAGCUACUUUUGAAUUCAACAAGGAGUCAUUUAGCUGACCUUUUCUUUUGUUUCAUAUUCUGUGACAUUUCAUAUAUUGUGACAUAUCAAGAAUUGUACGCCAUAUUGUCACAAGUCAUGUGACACUAACGAUCCCUGUGAAAAACUCAAUCAAGAACUGUACGCCAUAUUGUCACAAGUCAUGUGACACUAACGAUCCCUGUGAAAAACUCAAUCAUGUGCCUCUUAUUUGUAAAAUUCUUUAUGCUACUUUUUGAGCUGAAGCCUAAAGUUUCUUUGGUACUGAACCGUAUUUUAGGAAUGGGAAAAAACUAAGGACUAUACUUUCAGUGGGAUGAAAAACUUUUGCUACAUUAUAGCCAAAAACAAACCGAAUGCAAUUUGCAUGUCAUGUCCAAUGCCUCUUUUUUGCUAAAUUUGCUGGUGUACACUUGUCCAAAAAUGUGUUAUAAGCUUGACAUUUUUGCAGUGUGUGGGAAGAGCUACCAUCACAUUUUAUUUUGCCUCAUUGUACAUAGAAGCAUUGACUGUAUAUCUAAUUUACUUAAUUCAAAUUAGAAAAAUAUAGGAUAAUUCUGAUUUUCUUCCACAUUGAUUUUAAAUUCCACCUACUGAUCACAUCAUUAACAUGUCACGGAUCAAAGCUGAGUUUCUGAUAGGUGGAGACAAAACAAAUUUUUUGCCAAAGUUCAGAUUUGUGAACUCUGGAAACAUUGCAACGCUACGCCUAAAACAUGUUACUUUAUAUGCUCAACACUAAAAAUCUGCUGCAGGACUUCUCUACACGUCUGUCCAUUGACUUAACAUUGAAACUGGACGCCCCUUUCGCGCAAAUCGCAUUUGGUGUGAAAAAAGCUCUAUGUUGUGGUGUUUGCACUCAAAUCUAAGCAGUGACACUUUGUGAUUGCUCUGUUUUAUCUUACCAUUCUGAAAACCCAUCAGCUGCUAUUGAUAGUUUUUGCAAAACGACAUUUUCAAGGUCAAGUGCAUCAGUAUUAGAUUUAAUUUUUACCUGACUGUUACACCAAAUGAUUUUAUGACAACCUAAAACACAACUUUAAUUGGAGGGGGUCUUUGGAAGGUCACAAGUUCCAGCUUUUCCCCUUUUUGUGUGUCAAUGUGCCCUUGGGCAAGACACUGAACCCCACAUCGCUCCUGGUGGUUACAGAUUGGUUAACUUGUAUGGCAGCAGAACCGCCAUCAGUGUGUAAAUGUGUGUGUGGAUGGAUGAAUGGAAUUGUAACUGUAAAGCUCCUUAGGGCUUAAUUGUCUGAUUGCUUUCAGCAAUCAGAGCAUGUUACUCUACAACUUGAGUAUACUCUGGUUUUUGGUGCGGUUCUCCUCCUAGAGUAGACGAAAGCAGCUGUCAAGAUACAAUCCAAAAUACUUUGUAAAGCUCCCUUGUGGGAAGUGUGCUAUUACUUAAAAGCUACAAAAUGUACAAAAAGAGCUUUAAAAAUACCUCUCAAUCACUGUUCCCUCUAAACCAGGGGUCUCAAACUCAGUUUAGCUGGGGGCCGCUGGAGGCAGAGUCUGGGUAAGGCUGGGCCCAUCAGGAUUUUCUGAAAUAUCUUUAUUUCUAACUAAAGAAUUAAAUAAAUACAUUUAAAAGUGAAUAAAAAAAUCAAUCAUUAGUAAAUCAAUAUAAUAAUAAUGACCAUACCGACGACUGAAGAACCCACAUAUUGACUGACUGACUAGAGCCAUGUUUCUCAAAAACACUGUUUCAAUUCUUUCAUGUCGAGACCAGAAAAAUGUUACACAUUUCCCAAGACUGUGUUAUGAAGAGUGCUUAUGCAUUUUAGCGCUGAUCUCUUCAAGUACUAUUGUUAAAAAAUAAACUUAGACAUUUUGGUUUUAUAAAUGGUCAUGUAUUAUAUACAAAGCUUUCAAGUGUUUAGUGCAGCCUUGUGGUGAUUUAAAUAGCGUUAGACCAGCCAUGUCGCUAGGUUCUUGAAACCUAAACAUGCAUCCAUGUUUAAACUGGGUAUUUUCGGUCAUUGAUAGCAACAUCUUCAAAAUGUUUAAAACACAAUUUCUUUAAUUGCAAAUCUAGUUAAAUUAGAGAUGCAGAAUAUUAAUAAUACCAUUUACCAUUUUGUUUUUAAAAGUCAUGUAAGAAAAUUACCCUGAAACUGACAGACUUUUGCUGUGUGGUGUAAACCCCUACCCUGGAACACUCAGGCAGGCUUUCAUGUCAUGUGACUGAAACUAUCAAUAGAGAGCUAUUAAGUUGGGACACAUUAAAUAAUUUUUUUUUGUCUGUUAACCAGAGCAAAUAUGCAGAUGAUGUAAUGAAGUAUUCCUCUGUUCUGUUGCUUGCUUUUACUUGUUCUUGUUUGUGCACCAAAGUUUUUCCAAAGCUGACCUACUAUGCAUCACAAAACCUUUUUUUGUACAAUUUUCACUUUAUUUCUUAAACUUACGACACAUGUCUGAAGGUCAUGGUAAACCAAUGGAAGUUUUUUUUUUUUUUUUUUCGGUGCUAAUAUGUGUGUUCUCCCACUGAUGUUGAUGCAGUGAUUACAAAACCAUUUUUGGUUUGAUUAGGUUUUUCUUUGAUUUAGAAGUACUAUCACAUGUCUGCCUUAUUACCUCAUUUUGUAACUCAUUGUCAGUUUAUAAGAUACAAAUAAAUGUAAAAUGCUUUCAACCGUUUUUCAGGAACAGGAAAGAAUUAAAGAUUUUCUAUUUAUUUCACAA